GCUGGCGGCCGCCCGCCCCUCCUCCGGCUCUGCCCUGGCCGCCGCUGGAGCUCUGCACCACGCCCUGUGUCUAGGUCGUUUGGGAAGCACCUUGGAGAGUCAAGAAUAAAAUUGCAUGUCAAACAAUGGAUGACUGGAAAAGUCGGCUUGUAAUCGAGAGCAUGCUUCCCCAUUUCACCAUGGUGGGAAAUCGUCAGGAGCCCAGAAAGCUCCAGGAAUCGGGAACCACAAAGAGGAGGCAGGAAGGAGGAGACAACUUCCAGUUUGCAGGCAUGGCUGACGGAGGCUACCCUAAUAAAAUUAAGAGGCCUUGCCUUGAAGAUGUCACCCUUUCUAUGGGCCCAAGUGCCCAUCCCACUACCGUCUCUGCAGAACUACAGAUUCCUACGUUAACCAUGAACCCUAGCUCUGAGGAUCUGGGAGUAGCCGGCCAGUCAUUACUUCUUGAGAAUAACCCCCUGGACAAUAACCCCAUGAACAGCAGUGUCAUGGGGUCACCAUUUGGGGUGCCCGCAACUGCAGAAACAGCACUGAAAGGGACUGCUGUUCCUUACUAUGAUAAAAACAACAGUAUGCCUGCUAUAGACCAGGAGCUGCAGGAUCUGCUAGAGGAGCUUACCAAAAUUCAAGAGCCUUCCUCUAAUGAGCUCGAUCUGGAGAAGAUCCUGGGGAGUAAGCCAGAAGAACCUCUGGUCUUACAUCACCCCCAGGCACCUCUUGGCACCCCUCCCAAGCUUCAGAUGCCACACCUGGAGAGCCUUGGUUCAAGCUGCAGUCAAGUCACUGGAACGUCACUCCCAAUCCUGCCCUCCUCCACUGGGAUCAGCUAUUCAAUUCCUUCCACCAGUAAGCAGAUGGUCUCGCCCAGUUCUUCAACAGCACAGGCACAGGCUAAGAACCAGGCUAUUCUCCCUGUCACUUUGCCCCCACUGUCGGUGCCCCAGUGGCAUCAUGCCCACCAGCUGAAAGCUCUUGCAGCCAGCAAGCAGGGAUCUGCUACAAAGCAACAAGGGUCCAACCGUACUUGGUCCGGUCUGCCUCCUCCAGGUCCUUCCCCACCUUACCUCCCAGCGCCGUCUCCUCACCCACCACCACCACAGCCUCCAGCACCUGCAUUCAGCCCUCAUAACUUCCCAGCGUCCUGCAUGUCAUCCAAUAGCUUGUCAGGCAGCACUGUGCAAGGCUCGUCCAGUGCCUUACUCUCGAGCAUGGCGCCAAGCAGCAGUGCCUCUCUUGGGCCCACCUUGCCCUAUGCUCCUGCGAAGCUCCCAGGCCUGGGACUCAAUCAGCAGCCACAGUUCAGCCCCCAAGGCUCCAUCCUUGCCAACCUAGUGUCCUCUACCGUGAAAAGUCCUCAAGGACACCUGAUGUCUGCUUUGCCCACCAGCACCCCGGGUCCAUCCCCACCCUACCGCCCUGAGAAGCUCUCUAGUCCCGGCUUGCCCCAGCAGUCUUUCACUCCACAGUACUCUCUGAUCCGGAGCCUCACUCCCACCAGCAAUCUGCUAAGCCAGCAGCAGCAGCAACAGCAACAGCAACAGCAGCAGCAGCAGCAGCAGCAGCAGCAACAGCAGCAGCAGCAGCAGCAGCAGCAGCAACAGCAGCAAGCCAAUGCGAUCUUUAAGUCCAUAACCAGCAACCAGCAGCCCAAAACCCUGAGCAUGAUCAUGCAGCAGAGCCUGGCUGGCUCCAGUCCAGAUGCACCUGAGCCAUUCACCUUCAGCAACACCAAGCCCUUGUCCCAUUUUGUUUCUGAGCCAGGCCCCCAGAAGAUGGCCUCCAUGCCUGCCACCUCUAGGCAGCCAUCCCUGCUUCACUACCUGCCUCAGGCAACACCAGCACAGGCCUCUUCUGCCACGGCCUCCUCCACUGCCACCGCCACCUUACAACUCCAGCAGCAGCUGCAGCAGUCUGACCAAUCUUCAUUCCUCCUACAGCAGAUAAUGCAGCAACCCCAGCGCUUCCAGCGCCUGGUGGCUUCAGAGUCCGUACCUGCUCUGCCUGGACAGGGCUGUUGUCAUCCGCAUGCGUGGACUACUGACGUGCUCUGGAUGGAGCAACAGCAUCAAGAGCGGAGCUCCCGCACUAGCAGUUAUGGAGAUGUGUCACCGUCUAACAUUCAAGAGAAGCGGAAAUCAGGUCUUAUGGCAAUGACCCCUAAACAGCAGAGACAGUAUAUCGCCCUACAGAUGAGUCAAUUUCAAGCUGUCCAAGAACAAGUCUCCUUCAAGUAUAGCCAGACCAAGGCCAGCUCUUCAUCCAGCAAGCAAACGAUGCCGCUCAGAACUGGGCCCCUUAAUGGCAAUCUAAAUCCGGGAAUCCUACCAUCCAAAAGUUGCCAGAGCGAUGAGGGCAUGACAGUGUUCUCACCGACUCCAAAGAAGCAGAAAAGAGAAUUCAAAAGCCCAUUUGUGGUCUCCUCAGGCUGUGGUCAGGCUCCCCUGGUCAGUCUUGGCUCUGUGUGCCAGGAUCCACAGAGUCCCAAGGCUCUCACUUCAGAAGCAUCCGUGCCCAAACUCUGUCCCACCCCACCGGGCGGCCAAGCCUUGACUUCCCACCAGCUCACCCUUCCCGAUGUGCCAGUCAUGCCCCCUGUGUUCAGCAGUGCUACCUGGGAGGUGGCGACUGUGGCUGGGACCACAGCAGUUUCCAGGGAGUCACUCCUGAGCCAAGUAGACAGUAGCAUGCUCCCGGAUUUUGCUGGUCACUCCACCUUCAUCAAGGCCCCCGUGAGUAUGUUCCCAGAAGGCACAGCAUUUCCAUCACAGCGAGCAAUUGUGCACCCCAGUCAGACAGCUCCAGGAGGCGGGCCGGGCCAGUUUGUAAGCGCUGCUGUAGCCAAUGCUGGCUUCAGUCUGUUGGGCAAUCAGAGCCCUAAGCAAAGCCCAGCACAGGACCCCAUGCCUGUGCCGAGUACCGCCAAGUCCCUCCAGCAGGGUGUGGCCACCUGCACUCCCGUGAGUCCCAAGCAGGAAAUAGAGGCACCACCAAGCUACAUGGCUGCUAUUGCUGCCAUGACUGUCAACCGGUCCCCAAGCCCUGUGUACAAACCGGGCUCCCCCUCUGAGCCGCAACAGGACGAUAUCUUGUCCAAGGCCCAGACCCCACUAGAUAGUCCAGUUUCUGCAUCAGGCAGCAAUGAACUGGAUUUUAUUGAAGAUCUUUUGGAAAGCUCCAGUGUGGCCCUAGGUGAAAACUGGGAGUACAACUUGAGGCUGAUUGAUGACAUUCUGGAAGAGAACGCCGCUGCCCAAAAUGCCAUAGACCAGGAUGUUGACAAUGUCCCCCAGGGUGCUGAGGAGCUUUAAGGCAGGGCAGGGCAGGGUGCCUCAGAGACCCUCAUGUUGUCCCUUAAAGCAGUGUCUUAAAUCAACAGCAAACUCACCACCGGCCCCAGACGGUUACACAUGACUCCUAGUUACAAUCUGAAUAGUGUCAGCCCUGCCCACCUCUCUAUCUACCUAACCAAUGAAAAGCUGGUGAUUUUUUUCAAGCUACUUGUACAUAUUUGAAGAUUUUGUAAAUGGUUUUCCUAAGCAUUAAUGACAGAAGUAUUUAUACUUGGUUUUGUGGCUUUGUAAAUACAGCAGCGGCCUUGCUUUCAAUAGAGUUGUUUAUUAUACUUUUUCACAUGAUGCAGACUGUGUUGUUCGCCCCAGUGAUGCCUUGUUAAGCCAGGUGGCUGAGUCAGGUGAUGUGUGUGCUGAGAUGUGGAUGUGACCGAGGGGUGUUGUGGAAACUGACAAAUGCCAAAUAGAAACCCACUUGGUCAUUAAUUUCCACUUCGUUACAAAGCGUACUCUUUAUCUCUUGCAACCCUGUCCGUCUCAGCUAGCACUUUGCUAAUAAACAUUUAUGGCAGAAGUCAUUGUACUGUCAAGUGUCCCUGCUGGGCGAGAGUAUCCUUUAGUUGUGGGAAAGGUGCAGCAAAAGUCUGUGAGUUGAGCACUGUGAGCUAGCCACCUUGAGGAACUAGAUGGUUCCCUUCCCUUUGUCACCUAUGGUGACUUUCCAAUGCAGAGAACGGCCCAGCUGCUGCGUGGCUUUGGUGCACCGUCACCGAGUGCGGGUUCGCCGUCUGCGUUCAAGUCCUUCACCACUCAGUUUGCUGUUACGCUCUUUGGUUUGGGAGGGGAAAGUCUGUACACAUUGAAUUGAUUUGGGAUUUGUCUUCAAUUGGUUCAAUCUGCAAUUAUUGUUAUGUAUAUUUACGUGUCUGUUAGAGAAACUCCAUGCCCACUGUCCUGUGAACUUUCCUGUGCCCAGACUUUGUAUAAUCACAUUUUAAUUACCACCUUGUAUUUUGAUUCUACAUUUGAAAUCUGGCGUCUGUUUUGGGCCAGCGUGGUUUUCUGUUGUUGUUGUUUUUUCUUUGUUCUGUAAUAAACAGCCAGGAGAAAGUG